AAAAGUUUUUACAUUCUUUCUCUCUUCUUCUCUUCUUUUAUUUUUCUGUUUCGUUUGGUGUGUUUGUUUGUUAUCACAUUUCAUCGUGAAGUAAGGGAUUAGAGCAUGACGAAGAAGCAAACUUUGAUCAUAAAACUUAAAAGAUCCAGUACUGGUAGACCUUGGGGAAUCAGAAUUGCCGGAGGGGCUGAUUUGGGCUCACCCAUUGUUGUCACCCGCUCGGAGAACGAGGAGCUCCAGAGGGGUGACGUGAUAAGAAAAAUCGACGAUUACGACGGACGUGAUGUGAGGCAUGUAGACGCCCAGUAUCUUCUACAAAACUCAGAAAGAAUAAAGCUCGUCGUGGAAAGGUCCGAGAAAUCUAAAGCAUCUCGUAUCGACAUUCCUACAACAUCGCCUAUGAUUAGCGGAUCGAUCAUUGGCGACAGGGCUGCGGUUACUAGUCUAGCUAAAUCGGCUAAAAAUCCAGGAGAAUUACCAAAAAGCCCAGUACCACCGGCAUCGUACGAAGAAUUUAUAUCAUCUCCUAUUCCGUCGGAUCGUUUUCAACCACCACACGAACAUCUCGAUGAAGUCCGCGAAGAACGAGCAUAUUUAUCACAGCCAUACCGUACGACUCCUUUAGUCUUGCCUGGUGCUAAGGUUAAAAAGGAUGCCCCCUUGGGAGAAUGCUACCUUCGUCAUCAUCCCAAUCCUAUGAUUCGUGCUGCACCACACCAUUACGAACCAGCUCAUCCUGAAGUAGCUAUGAAACAAAAAGUGGCGGAAACAGUACUUCAACGUGUCUUGGGACCAAAUGAAGUUCCAAAGGUCGUCCACAAACAAUUCAAUUCACCGAUUGGACUAUACUCCGAACAAAAUAUUGCAGAUACUAUCAAAUGUCAGGCAUCGGCCAUACCAACGCCUUACAUCAAAAGUAAUCUGAAUGGAAAUGCAAAUACGAAUGGAAAAGCUGGUCCGAAGGUGUCAGUAAAGUACGAUCCGAGCAAGAGUGAAGCUUACAAGGCCCUUCAAGAAGAAGCUCUCGGUGACACUGUUCAAGAAAGGCAACCGGCACGUACCGGUGUAUUUUCUCCACAAAAAGUCAAUUAUAAUAGGGUUUCUCAUGCUCGGCCGAAAAGUCCUGCUGCAUCAUAUGUAAAUGUUCUUGAUGACGAUGGUGAAAAAAUACAUCAAAGCAACAGCUUCAAGAGGAUUAUGUACAGUGUUCUGGGACAAACCGAUUAUUAAAAUAGUUCCUAAACUGAUAUUAUAUUAUUGAAUAUAUAUAUUUUAUUUAUUGUACUGUGCAAUAAA